AUCGUCGCAAAACCUGGUCCGAAAAGUCGCUGUCUGCUGCAUUACAUGAUCUCUCUCAACCGCUUCCUCCUUCUCUUCUCAUUGGUGUGAAUCUGUUCUCUCCGCUCCUGCAUCACAAGCUUGGUAAGUUAAUGGGAAGAAGCAAGCAUCGUGUAAAUGUCACUACUGCUUGUGCUGUUGUUGAUUCUUGUUGAAAAUUUUGCUCCUUUAUUAGAAAUGCAUUCAACGGGGAAGAUAAAUGUAUUAGCUUUCAUCAAAUUACUGUCCACUAGUUCAACCUUAGUUAGAAGAAAUCACUUAUCUGCCACCAUCACCACCACGUGUUCGACGUUAUGCCUGAAUGAAUCCGAAGAACGCAUUAACGCUUCUGAUCAAACGGUUGUAUCGCCGAGGAGAGUGGUUGAUGGUGUUAAAGUGAGACGGACUCUAACUCCUUUGGAAGUUCUAAGAAACUGGGGUUGUAACGACGAUGAAAUCUCAAAGCUUUUCAUUAGUAGACCAGCUUUGCAGAGAGCAAAUGUCUCUCAGCUAGAGUUCAAACUCAGCCUUCUUACUCCAUUGGGGAUCACAUCAUCCGACCUUGUGAAGAUUGUUACUUGCCGUCCCAAGUUCUUUAGCUCUCGUAUUCACCUCGUCCUCGACGAAAGAAUCAACUACUUCAUGGAGGUUUUGGGGUCAAAAGAGGUGUUGCGGAGAGCCAUUAUUAGGAACCCUUCUCUGAUGUUGUAUGACCUUGAUGAAAAGAUCAAACCAGCGAUAGAAUUCUACAAAGGGUUAGGGUUUAGCCAGCAGGAUCUUGUGGCCAUGUUGAUGUCUAGACCCACGGUGAUUCCAAGGACGAGUUUCAACAAGGGAAAGCUUGAGUACAUUCAGAAAACUGGGGUAAACAGAGAGUCCAAGAUGUUUAAAUACGUUGCAGCUAUCAUAGGGGUAACGAGGAUGGAGACGAUCCAAGAGAAAGUUGCAAAUUUGGAGAAGUUUGGGUUAUCAGAAGAAGAGAUUUGGUGUCUGUGUGGGAAAUGCCCAAUCCUACUCACUUUGUCUGUUGAGAAAGUUCAGAGAAACAUGACUUACGUUGUAGCAUCGAUGAAACUUGCGGCUCACUCCGUGCUUAAGCACCCUUUCUUGCUUCUGGCCAACCUCGAGACUCAGAUAAGGCCUCGUGUGGAUCUCGUGAAGAGAGUCUUUGAAAUGGGUCUGAAGCCGUUGGUGGAAGAUGUGAGCAUUGCUACAGCGCUGAGGAUGAGUGAGAAACGGUUCUUGAAGGUUUAUGUAAUGUGUCAUCAAGAAGAUGUUGUGGCUGAGUUGAUGGAGUUUUAUGAGAAAGCUAAAAACGUGAAACGUUUGGGUGUAGAAUCCAAGAAGUAUGUUCGUAAAGGAUUCCCUUUUUGAAUCUCUUUUGUUUCUUUUAAAUGUGUUUGCUUAAAGAUGUAACAUUGUGUAGCUUUCUGAGUUUGGGACCUUUUGUAAGAGCUCGUUCAUAGUGUUCCUCUAAGCCAAAAUUAGCUAA